GUCUUCUUUUGUCUCUGUGCCACCCAGGAUACCGUAUAAAAUGCUUGACUUAGCUGCUGCCGGCGGUCAUUCCCUCCUCCCCCUCACCGUUCUCCGUCAAGGUCGUCCAAGGUACAGAUAUGCUGCCUCAAGUUGUCCCACCAGAACGUCAUUAUUUUGCCUUUUCUAUCGACGUCGCUGCAACUCUGGAGUUGUACUGCGACGGGGGCGAUGAUUCCAUGUUGGAAAAAUUGGAUGGCUUGAAGGAUAGGAUGUACGCUGGCUACUGUUUGAUGGUCGAGGGGGAGGUUGACGAGGAUAACAAAUACCAUGUUAUCGAUAUUCGGCCAGUCCAACAAGGCUUCACGAAGCCUCACCCUCGGAAAUCACAGCAUGCGCGGCCUACCAUGUGUAUUCCUAUCUUGCCUGAAACAGCCCAUCCAAGGUCAAGGGAACCUCUCCAGCUGUCGAGGGAAUUGCCUUGGGAGAAUUGCUACCACCCUACCUGUUACGACAUCUGCACGCGUGUACCAACUGAAUGGCGGGACUACUCUCAGUCGCCAUGUGCGAUGCUCUCUGCCCCGCUUGUCAAAGCCAUACCGCAGGAUAUGCGCUACGGCCGACUCCUCCGAGCUGGAGUAGACGAUGAUCAAGCCCUUCGGAUUCUCGGCGGUCAGCAAGACGCCCCAGAUGUCGACAUUCCGGACGAUGCGUCAGAGACCGACAGUCAAAUCUGCAAGACGUUCCUGGCCAAAAUACCAGGCUUCGAGAAUCCUGAAGAAGAUGGGACCUUUGUGCCUGUUCUACGCGUCGAACACGUCCUGUCAAACAUCCCUGGGAUAUCUGAUCCGUCGCAGCUAUACGGAGAUCUGGAACUCUUCCAAGAGAUCGUGCAGGAGUAUCAGCUUGCACGGUAUGGAUCGAUCCUUUUCGAGCCCCCAGAGGGUCCGCACAUUGACGAUACCUCUGUUUCCGAUAAUUCUUCGAUGGUGUAUAGUAUGAUGUCGGGGCUAUCUGGAACUUCGACGGAAGACCUAGAAUCUGAUCCUUCAGACUCACAUGAACUUGAUUCAUUGCCCUCAGGUUCAGAAGAGCUUCCUACAGCACCAGCGUCUCGGCGGAAAGGAAAAUGGAAAGUCAAGUCGCUGUUCCGGCGGGUGAUGACGAAUAUCUUCGAGCUGGUGAAGUGGCGCAGGUUCUCUAGCAAGUCAUGAUCUGGUCCGCGGGGCAGACAGACAAAUGUUCACUCCUUCGUUUUACCAAAUAUACAUUAUUUGUACCGCUAAUCCUGUUCAUCUACAACUCACACUCCCUUUGGUAUGAUAUCGCGGUUUUUAUUCACGCC